AGAACCUUCAAAUAAUGGAAAUACACAAGCAGAUACACAAGACCAUCCUGUCUGGGGAAAUUUCACUGGUGAUGACCUCAUCAGAAGAUUGGAGUCAAAGAACUGUGAGCUGAGAGAAAACAGCUGCUAGCACUUAAGAAUCUACCUGUAGAAUUUUGUGAACUCUUAAUACUUAUUCUACAAACAGCAACAGAAGGCAGAAGAUAGCAUUGUGCUCCCAGUAGAGCUGAAUUUGCACAAGUUACACCUCUGAAAAUGCCAGAUGGUCUAUGGUCUACUUUUGAGAGCUGUCACAUAUGUAAAGAUUUGAAAAAAAGAAAGACAGCUGAAUGAGAGCAGCGGAUCAUUAAAGGGAGAGUGAGAGUCCCUGGGUAUCACUGUGUUUUAAGAAAGCAUUGUGUUGUUUCCCAUAUUAUGUUUUUCUUUUCUUUAAGAUAUACACAACCUUUAAAAAUAAGGUAAAAACAUUGUUGGUUUAAAGUGAUUGUGGCUUAAUCCUAAAACUGUUGAAUGCUUUUUAUUCUUUAUACUGUAAUGCUGGUUCCUAAUUGGUUUCAACUGUAUUUUAACCAUAAGAUUCAAGUCUCCCUAGUGAAAAAUUAUAAAUAAAGUUAAAAUAAAUGUAAAUUGGAAUAACUAAUACAUUUGGGGGUUUUAUUCACUUUUUAUUUGACCUACAUAUCGUGUGUGAAUAUUCUAAAGCCAGUCAGCUAAAAAGUUGUAUGUUAAUGUUAGACUGAAGUGAGAGUGCUUUGGGAGCACAAUCUAUCUCUUGAUCCUAGUAAAAAUAAUAAAAUGAAACUAAAACAAAUAACUUCGCAUGGCUAGCCUUCACCAAGACUUCCAAUUGCCCAUUAAUUGAUAAAAUAGGCCUGAUAUUUUAAGACAGAGAAUAUGAUCAUGUGUCAUGUAUUGUAAUAUGGCACUAAAAUGUAAACAAUUGCAAAAAGCAUUUCAAAUUUUGCUAGUUUCUAAAGGUCACGACUGUCAAUUCUAAUAAUUUUAUCAUUUAGAUUUACAGAAUUCUUCCCUGUUCUCUCCACUUGCUUAUUGAUAAAGGAUAACAUCUCUUCCAACAACAGAACUAUUGAUGAAGCAUAUCAUUUUAUAUCCAAGAAUUCAAAGUAAAAUAUAUCUACUUGCCAGACUGUUAAGUGGCAAGAUGCUUCUACAGCCCUGAGAUGGUCACCUCUUUAUCAGUACCUACAUAGGAUGAAAAUGGAUCAAAUUAGUAUUGCAUAGGAAUGGGAAAUGUUAAGAUCUAUGCCAUUGGUUUGAGUAAGUUGUCUGUAAAAGGAGUAUUCUGUUUAAAGCUACUGUAUUUUAAGUUUCUACUACAACCUUUGGAGAUUUCCUUUUGUCAGUGAAUUGCAAGCAUACUUGUGAUCACUGGAGGUACUUGAGAUCACUGGAGGUACUUGAAAUCAGUGGGGCUUGGUGUUGUGUCUUCAGUUCUAAAAGGCUGGGUUGACCAAAAGGUUUGAAUUAAAUAAUAUGCUAUCAGCAUAUGACCUUUUUAUAUAACUAAUCUGCCUGCCUGACCACACAUACCUAGGGCGUAUCCAAACGGAGCGGGAUAAUCCACGGUUUCCAUAUUUGGUUUGUCAUCUGAUAGUCCUCACUUUGCCUUUUAGUUCACUCUUUCCCAAUUUAAAAAAAAUGCUUUUUUGCACACGCAGCGGUAAAACUCCUACAUUCUUUUCGCUUUUUCCAAGCUCCACCUCUAAAACCUCCCCCUAUCAACCAAUUGGUCAGCAAAAAAAUUAUGUAUGCUCCUCUCCCCCUUUGUAACGAAGCACAAUAUGGCUGUAAAGGAGUUCUUACCUGGGAAGGAAAGGCUGCUGGUCGGUUUCACGCCUGCCUUGUUUGUAUUUGCGAUAUUAUGCUUAAACGAAUGUAUGCUUUUCUGCCUUUAUUGAUAUUUAAGGAGAUACACAUACUGGCAAUUGCACUUAUUUCUCCAAAAAAGCAAGAAACGUGUCACACACACCCUUCUCCCUUUCCUUCCCAGGAGAAUGAAAUUGACAAAGCUUUCCAGAGCAGGCUUGAAACCGACCAGAAGCCCUUUUCUUGAGUGUAUUUGCGAUAUUACACUUAAAUGAAUGUAUGCUUUUCUGAUUUGAAGCAAGAACCCCAGCAAGUAGAAUGAAACUGACAAAGCUUUCGGAGGCAGGCUGAAACCAACCAUCCCCCCUUUCUCGCUUGCUGUGCAUUGCAGAUUUCAUCCAGAGCGGCUGCCCAGUUUGCAGGCUGGCAAAAAAUAAAAUGCAUCUGCGCAGUAGUUGCAGACCCCCCCAACACCCCCCCAUUGUGAUGAUUGGUUCAAUUUUCCCAGGCUUAUUCUCGCACAUGCGCAAAAGUGCAGAUACGUGAUUGGCUGGAAUGAGGAGAAGGGGCAAGGGGAAAUGCCCAAGAACCGCCCAUCAGCUGUAAAGUCCACGGUAUUGCAUCCUAACUCCUGAAGGCACAGCGGAUGAUUUCCGAUUUUAAACAGCAAAUCACGUUUUUGCCGGUAUUGCAAGGAGCGGAUUUAACCCGCGAAAAUGUGUAACACCGCGAGACAUCCUUUGGACAACCGAAAAAUAAUGAACACACAUAGCGGGUGUGUCACACAUUUUGCAGUCAUCUGGAUGAGCCCCUAGGUAGUCAUGAGCUCUAAAAGAAAGAAAGGAACCAGCCUUUUUAGAGCUUCACUCAUCAGCUUACAGGCAUGUCAUGUUUUCCAUGAGCAGCCAGCACAACCUCAGCGUUUGCCACAACCAAAUGCUUCACCACCUGAAAAGUACAAGGAAGAAACUGGCAAAAUACAAAAUGGCCAUACAAAGCUGAAUAAUGGAGGUGGGAUGCACAAUGGAAUCAAAGGUGGUGCACCAGUCAUCAGAAAAUUCUCAGCGCCUGUUUCCCAAAAAAUGCACAGAAAAAUUCAGUCCAGCUUGUCUGUCAACAGUGAAAGAAGUAAGAAGAGCUCUGCAUAUUCUCACAAGCCAGGCUCUUCACCUGAAGAUUGCUGUGUGCAUUGUAUCUUGGCCUGCUUGUUCUGUGAAUUCGUCACCCUCUGUAGCCUUGUCCUGGGACAAGCAUCAUGUGGUGUCUGCCCAGUGGAAGCCUGCUGUUGCUGCUGCGGAGAGGAAAUGGGAGAUGACUACAACUGCCCAUGUGAUAUGGACUGUGGCAUAAUGGAUGCCUGUUGUGAAUCAUCAGACUGUUUGGAAAUUUGCAUGGAAUGCUGUGGAAUUUGUUUCCCGUCAUGAUAAGUUUUUAUUUAUCACUUGUAUUUUUUCUUUAAAAAAAAAAUCUGGAGAGGGUUCUUGUUUUUGUUUCUUUUUUUAAAAAAAAACCUUUUGAAGGACACUGUUAGAUGCUCUUAGAGCAACUUAGUUAUGUACACUGUUAACUUCAUUUUGUAGUGAAUUGUUGAAGAAAAGCAACCAUAAGACCAAAAGCUUGAUAAUCUAGUUUUCUGUAGUCAGUGAUUGCUUUUGUAAAGAUUCUGCUCACGCAGGUGAAACAAC